CGCCCAUUUCUUUUGGGAGUGGAAAGGCGGUAAGCUAUUUUUUUAGGCUGACGUCCUUGUGUUUUUAGCUGUUAGCCGAUAUUGCUAAGUUACUUUACUGGCUACUUUUUUGAUCGAAAGUCUGUACACGAGUAGCCCGAACUCCACGCUGUGAACACGAGCAGUUAGAUGUCAUUUGGAAAGUUACUAUGGAAGAAGUAAAACGGGGCAGCAAUGGCACUGAAUCACAGGCUGCAACCAUUCCCACAACCAUCACAUCUUCUCAGUUCUCACAGAUAGCACAGCAGAUGUCAUUGGGUGGUUCUUCUGUGGCAGUGGUGCAGCUUCCAGGGGGUCAGUUUCAGGUUCAAGGAGUGAUCCAGUCUGCACAGUCAUCAGUCAUUCAGUCUCCCCAGGUGCAGCUUGCACAGGCCCAGGGUAGUGAUAGUGACGACUCACAGGACUCUUCUGAUAGUGGAGCAGCAGCACAAAAGACUAGAGAAAUCCUGGCAAGACGGCCUUCAUAUAGAAAAAUUCUGAAUGAUCUUUCAUCUGAGGAAGCGGCACACAUCGAAGGAAAAGAUGGCUCUGUAUCCACCGUUGUGACAGGUGUUACAGCUCCAACCUCCCAAAUCUACCAGACCAGCAGUGGCCAGUACAUUACCAUUGCUGCAAAUGGCACAAUACAGCUGGCAACACCAACAACUGAAGGCCUUCAGGGACUACAGGCUGUCACCAUGGCCAACUCGGGUGGCGCGCAACAAGGACCCACGAUCCUCCAGUAUGCUCAGACCCCUGAUGGCCAGCAGAUACUAGUGCCCAGCAAUCAGGUUGUUGUACAAGGUACAGGAGGAGAAGUACAAACGUACCAGAUUCGUACAGCCUCCACAUCCGCCUCUCUCCCUCAGACUGUAGUUAUGACCUCUCCUGUUGGACUGUCUCAGACUAAGAAUGACGACCCAACAAUGAAGAGAGAAAUCAGGCUUGCAAAGAACAGAGAAGCAGCCCGAGAAUGCCGACGGAAGAAAAAGGAAUACGUUAAAUGUCUGGAAAACCGUGUGGCUGUCCUGGAAAACCAAAACAAGACUCUGAUUGAAGAACUGAAAACAUUAAAGGAUCUUUACUGCAUUAAAACUGGAUAACCUUUCUGAAUUCACACCGAGGAUUGAGACGUGUCCAUGUGGGACACCUCAGCCCUUUGGACAAGUUUGGGUUGUUGGGAACACUUCAUUUCAGGUUAAGAGUCCCUGUAUGUUUUAUUUUAUUUUUUUUUACUCUGAUAUCAGUGACUUGUGUCAGUGAGAAUUACUGGACAAAUUGGCCGCUUUUUCCAACUGUUGUUUUUUUAAGAAAAGAAAUAGCUAAUGCUAUAACAUUUAUAGUUGUGUACAUUUUUAAUACUGAGAGAUUUGAAUUUGUCAGCUUUAAUGUCCUCUGUUUCCAGAUGUAUCUUUUUUUUUCUUUUAUGAAAACAAUGUUGCUGUUGGAGGUUAAUCUGCUAGCAUCAGCAUCAUUUUAAUUGUAUAAUGAUCACACAGACCAGCAAUUUCUCCCUUUUUCUGGUGUUGCAAUCGUCAUUCCUUAGACUUGUGCAAUGGAAUAUAAAGGGUAUCAGAAAGGAGAAGAAACCAAGUCGGUUUGUUAGGUUGCUGUUUGGCCGUUAUAUAGACAAUCAGGGAAUAAAAAGCAGAGUCCAGGUAAUAUUUAUUAUGUACGUCUUGGGAAAGUGGGAAAGAACAAACAUUGUAAAAGAAGUUUCAAAGUCUGUGACUAAAUAAAUAUAUUUUCACUCA